AUGGCUCCCAAGGAAGAAAAGAAAGUACCUACUCUCAAGGGCCAGGAUGCUGAGGACGCCGUUCUCCAGUACAUGCUCAACAUGAACCGCCCUUUCGGGUCUACCGAUGUCGCGACAAAUUUGCACAACUCCGUGCCGAAGACACAAGUCGUGAAGAUCCUUGCAUCGCUCGCAGAGAAGGGCGCUCUCACCAUGAAACCCUACGGCAAGGUUCUCAUUUACGUUGCUAAUCAGGCAAAUAUGGACACAUUAGGCAGAGACGAAUGCGACGCGCUCGAGAAAGAAGCUAAGGAUCUCGAGGAACGGCACAAGGAGCUGAGCGUCGAUCUGAAGGCCGCGGGCUCAGACUUGACCAGAAUCAAAACCGCAUAUACGGUAGAAGAAAUGACGCAGCGUACGAUGGAAUGCGAAGAGAAGGUUCAGCGGCUGCAGGCGCUUCUCGAGCCCCUCCGGAAUGGCGCACCGCUGCUGAGCGAGGCAGAGCUCGCGAAACUCGAUGCCGACGUCGCGCGCUGGCACAAAGAGUGGCUGAACCGACGGAAAGUCUUCAAUCAGUUCUGGGGGAUGAUUACUGAGGCAAUGCCGCCACAGGAGUCGAAUGAGCUUCGCGAGGACCUCGAUAUCGAAGGCGAUUCGCCGGAGCAUGUCAAGCUCGAGAAGGCUUUGAACGCGAAGGGAGGCGCAAAGUUAGUGCGUAAGGCAUCUAGACAACGCGGGGCGAUGUAA